AGAAUGGCUCGCCUGGAUAUUGGACGCGAUACGUAAAAUUCGAUCACAGAAACAAAGACCAAGUGUCGAACGAAUCUGUCACGCAAUUAAACAACAUCACAAGGAUUACCACGAAGACGUGAUAGCCGAACAAUUAGAAAUGGCAGUCCGACGAGGAAAAAUUCUCAAAGUAUUCAAUAAGGGACAGAGUUCUUACAAAGAUCCUGGCAGGUUGAGGUCUCGAGACUUGAAAGUCACUCGUAAUACGGAUCUUUCCAAAGUUUUGGCCAGGGCGGUGAAGGAACUCGGCGAGAGGGAUGGAUCGGCUUUGAGGACUCUUGAAAAGUUCAUUAGGCAAUCGUAUAAGUUGGUUAUUGAUCCGCCAGAUUUGGAUUUAAAGUUAGUUCUUAAGGUAUCGUUGGAGAAAGCUGUGGAAAAAGAGUUUGUGGAAAAGAGAGGAAAAUUGUACAAGAGCACAGGAAAGCCUUUGACAUCGACUGCGAGUCCUGGAUCAGGCAGAGGCAGGAGUAAAAAUGGAGGUGGCACGCCUAGGACUUCUGAUGAAUUUCAGGCUUUGCAAGCGACACCUACAGUUGCAGCGUCGAUCUGCUCGCAGUGUCUCGGCACAGAGGCGAAGAAUCCUAAAGGAGUCCCUGAAGCCCUCAGCCGCUGCUCUGGGUGUUCUGCUUCAGUCCAUCUGUCCUGUGCGUGGAAAGGAUCUGAACUAUCUAGUCUUCUCGAAAAGGGUGGCAAGUGGUUCUGUGAAGAUUGCUCGCAAUGCGCAGCAUGUUCAGAAACUGAUGUCUCUCCGUGCCUUCUUGGAUGUUGCUCUUGCGAACGGAACUUCCACAUAGCAUGCUUGGAUCCGCCUGCCGAGAAAAAACCGAAAUGCCCCUGGAGGUGCCGCCAUUGCCUUUCCCACCAUGAAACUCCGAAACGGAGUCAGACAUCGACGCCUGUAUUGGGACUAAGUAGUAGUCGGAGGAAAGGAACGAAAUGUCGUGAUAAAAUGGAUUCACGUGCAAUAAGGCAAGGUCGAGAUAUAAACUCGACCCCGAAAGGUUCGCGCAAGGGUCGGUUUUCUACUCCCACCAGCGGCGCCAAUAAGAUCGUGUCCAGUGAGCCCGAGAACGAUACAUCAGUUUGUGAAAGUAAUAUACCUAGGGUGCCUCGGAUUCCGAGCAACAUUCAUUUGAGGGGCGAAUCAGAUCACCAGUACAAUAGCAAUUCAGAAUACAACUCUGCAGAUGCUUGUCAUUCACAAUUGCAAAAGUCAGACCAAGUCUUGUCUAAAGAAAAACAAAAAUUUUUUAGGUUGUGCGCGCUUAGUUCGGGAAAAAGACGAAGUAAAUCUAAGAGUAGCGAUAGGGCCAGAUCAGAUUUAGAUGAUAGGUUAGGUGGUAGCCAUAGUUCAGGAGUUAGGAUGAGGGAUUUAGCUAAGUUAAACAGUAUAGGUUCAAAUGUAGAUCAUAUGAACACCCUAUCCCCGGCGGAUAGGAAUCUAACGAAAACAACUAGUUCCAGUGAUAAAAGAUCUAAAACUGAAUGUAGAAUAUUGAGUCAAGACCUACAUCUCAGUGAUACCAGUGAUAGUUCUGAUGAUGAAACUAUAACAUCACAUAGUAAAAUCAUCAAAAGUAACAUAAGGCAUAUAGUUUGUAAAGAUAACAAAGUGAUAGUGAAGCAAGAAACGUUCACGAAUAAAGUAAAUAUCGAUAGCUAUCAAAAAAGCAAUAAACCCAGGCGGACAGAGAGCAAAAGUAUUAAAACUACUUUGGAGAAGCAUAAAAAGAGUUCAAAAAUGAACAUGACCAAUAUGGAAUCAAGUUCUGACAGUAGUUCUUUUGCUUCUGGUAGUUCAGAUAGUUCCGAAUGUUCAUCUUCUUCUAGCUCAGAGUCUAGAAGCAAUAGUACAAGUUCAUCUGAUGAUUCAGAUAGUGAUAGUUUGAGCCAUAAAGCAGAUCCAAUUAAUUCUAAAGUGAAUGAAAUGUCACAAAUGAAAAGUAACGUUAAUGUACAAAUCAAAAACUCCAACGUAUUUAGUACGUUUGAUAAUAAUAAUGUAGGUAAGAAUAAAAGUAUAUAUAGUAAUAGCGGAUUAUUUGGUGCAUUUAGUAAUCAAGUUAGUGAAAAGAAGGAGUCAUUGUGGGGAUUCGCUGCUGAAGCAAAACGGCACGCCAGCGUAUUCAUUUCAAAUAAUUAUGAAAGAACCUUUGGCACAUUUCCAGAAACUGCGAUAACUAGUAAAAGUCAGUCAUUAUUUGAAAAACAGUCAUCUAUUUCAAAUCAAAACACAAAUUUGGAAAAAUGCAAGCCUGGAGCUGGACAGCUAAGAGGUCUUUUCGAUGGCUUAUCACAUCUUUUUACAACACCAAAACUUUCUAGGUCUAGAAAAGGUCAAUCUCCAGACUAUUCCGAAAAACGGCGACGAAAAACUAUUGAUGCAUGUUCAAACAUAACAGAGCCUAAGGAAAUUUUGAAAGAAACCCGAAGCACUUAUAAAAACUAUGCAUUUACAAAAUUGGUUGAAAAGCAAACUUCUGCUAACGAUUCGAAAAGAUUGCCCGAUGUCAAAACAUCUGAAUUGAAUAGUUUUGAAUCAUCAUGUAAUUCCUCAUUAUCCACAGUUUUAAGAAGAUAUGGGGAAACAUCAAAUGCAGUUGUUGAUAAUUCUAUAGCUAACAAAGAAAAGAACAGCGUUUUUAAAAAUAUAUCAUCCACAAUAACCAAACUUAAUGAUAAUAUUUUAGAUAAGCCUUCAAACAAUUCUUAUAUGAGCCCGUCUUAUUUGGUGAAGACAGCAGUAAACUCAAAACAGCAUGAACAUGACCAUAGAUCGUUAAUCAAAUCAGAUUUGAAUUUUGGUGGCAUGACUUCUAGUUCUCUAAGCAACAUUAGUUUUCAAAAUAUUAGUUUUGGAAUAGGUUUUAAUAAUUUCAAUACUGAUGUAGAUGACUUAAGAUCGAAUAAUAAGUGUCAAUUUAACACAGAAGCAAAUCAAAAAAAAUUCUCGUUGCGGUUUUCGCAGCCGUUCAGCAAUCAGACGGAUAAUGCACCACCAAUGCCUCCAGGUGUAACCCAGAAAGAUAUCGAUCUUUUCAAAGAAACACGCGAAAGGGCUUUGUUAGGAAACACUCAAUCGUUGAUCCCACAAAAUUUGCUCGUCUCAACACCUCUUGGUGGUAAUGCACAGCUAGGUGUCUUAAGUCCUCCAUCAGCAGCUAUUAUUGCUCAACAAAGAUGCCCAGCAGCUAUUGAAUUUGGACAAUAUGAAAUUGAAACUUGGUACUCCAGUCCUUUUCCACAAGAAUAUGCCAGAUUGCCCAAAUUAUUUCUCUGCGAAUUUUGUCUUAAGUACACAAAAAGUAAGGCUGUUCUGGAACGUCAUCAGGACAAAUGUGCUUGGCGAAACCCACCAGGGACAGAAAUAUACAGAUGCAAUGAAAUAUCAGUAUUUGAAGUGGAUGGCAAUGUAAAUAAGAUAUAUUGUCAAAAUUUAUGUCUACUAGCAAAGUUAUUUUUGGACCACAAGACAUUGUAUUAUGAUGUAGAACCAUUCUUGUUUUAUGUCCUCACAAAAUAUGACAAGAAAGGCUAUCACCUUGUAGGAUAUUUUAGUAAAGAGAAACAUUGUCAGCAAAAAUAUAAUGUUUCUUGUAUUAUGACAAUGCCUCAGUAUCAGAGGCAAGGUUUUGGUCGAUUUUUAAUUCAUUUUAGUUAUUUAUUAUCCAAGGAAGAAGGCCAACCUGGUACUCCUGAAAAACCAUUAUCUGAUUUGGGAAGAGUUUCAUACUAUGCUUAUUGGAAAAGUGUAAUUUUAGAAUAUUUGAAUGUGCAUAGGGAUGAACAACUUUCUGUCGGUGCAAUAUGCAAAGAAACUGGAAUGUACAGCCCCGAUGUGGCUUUAGCUUUACAGCUACUUGGUUUUGUCAGGAUUGGAUCUAAAGACGGAGUUGUGAAAGUAUAUGCUAACAUUGAUUGGGAUAAAGUUGCCGCACAUGCCGAUCGUGUUAGCAAAUCUAAAACCAGAAUACACAUAGAUCCUGAGUGCCUAAGAUGGACACCGUUGAUUACACCCACUGUGAAUCCAUUUCGAUCAGAUUCUGAUUUGGAUACAUCGGGUGAUAAAAAUCCGCAAGAAAAUAGUGAUGAUGAAAAAGAUAUCAAGGAACCUGUUGAAGAAAUAGUCGAAGAAAAACCUGUAGAACAAGUGAAAGUUAAAGGUAGACGCGGUCGCAAAUCUAAGAAGAUGUUAGAAGCUGAAGCUUCUGAUAAAGCUGUAACAGAAACUGAAAUUGAAAAGGAUUAUGAGAAAGAAAAGGAGAUAGAAUUGACUUCCUCUGGACGUAAACGUAUCCGACCCAGUAAAUACGAUGAAACCACAUAUGCAGAUAUCAAGAAAUCUGAUGCAAAAGCCAAUGAAACAGUUCUCAAAAGAAAAUUAUCAGAAUCUAACAAAAUUGAUUCUGAACCUGUUAAGAAAGUUAAAUCUGACGAUAGGCGUCGUUCACGUUUUGCUUCCAGUGGCAACUCAAAACUAACUGCUGAAUCCAAAGUUGAAGAAACUAAACCAAUGCUUAGAACGUGCAGAAGUAAAUCUAUGUGUGAAAAAGUAGAGAACGAACGAAAACCAAGUCUCAAGACUUACGAUUUUGAGUCAGAUACCCAGUCUGAUCAAUUGGAAGUAUCGAAAGAGUUUAGGAGAAGAAUACGCAAAGCUUCAAUUGUCAAAAGUUCAAGACCUAGAGGAGAGAGGUGGUCAGAACGCAGAGAGAAGCGCUUAAAAUUAAAUUCUGAGAUUGAAAGCAAUUCAGAUUCUCCAAUGCCAGAGCUCAAAAGAGAAGCAGAUCUUAAUCCAGAACUGGACGAAGAUUUUAGCGCACCUAAACUUUCACCACAAAAUCCUGUUCAUGAUCUUGAAGAAGAACAGUCAAAGACGCCGAAAAUUAAGGUUGGCCGAAAACGGGGUAGAAAAAGUAAGAAACAUUUAUCAACUGAAGUAUCUGCUGGUAAACGUCAAACUACUUUACCUGAAAUAUUUAAACAAAAAGAAGAGACUGUUAAAACCAAGGAUUCCACAGCUGAGGAAUCACAAACUGCUUGUAGUAAUACUGAGAAAGAUACAGCAACGGAUAAUGUUGAAGUUAAAGAAAGUAUUAUUGAGAAGAGUUCAAAACCUGUGAAAGACGCAUCUCCAGAUGCGAAACCAAGAGAAUCUCAUGUUAAGAAGAAGCAUGAAAGAAUUUCCAAACCAAGGCAUCGUACUAUACAUCUAGAGUCCAAUUCAAAGAGUGAGGAUAGCUCUGCUGAGGCAGAUGAUGAGUUUGAAGAUGAGAAAGAUAUGAAGUCACCAAAGAAAGACAAGAUAAUAGUAGUGUCUGAUGUAAUACGAUCAGUAGCUUCUACUUCUUCAAGAAAUGAUUUUGUUGCAAGUGAAAAGUCACCAAAGAACAAAAUUAUCGACAAUAAGUUGGAUGAACCCCAGACCAUUGUUGAAAAUAAGAGUUCGGAAAGUAUUUCUGAUACUGCGACUUCAAAUGCUAAACCGGAUCCUACUAAUAAUACAGUUGAAGUUAAUGAAAAUCCUAGUGAUAAAUCAAAUCCGGAAACCAUUCAACAAAUUUCAGAAACUUGUCCAGAUAAAGCUAAAGAAAAGUCUGAAGAAAUAACAGCAGAAGAAGUUGAAAAAAUUGAAGAGCCGAGUCCAAAACUAAGAAAAGAAGAAGAAAUAUCUACAGCAUCAAAUAGUGAACCACAACAAGACACAAAACAAAACACUUCAGACACAAAAGGUAUGGAAAAGGAUGAACCUAAACAGCAAGAAAAUAACUCAUUACCAAAUGAACCACAAGUCACACAAAUUAAAGAAUCUACUGCAGAUUGUAAAGAAAAUCCUAACACUAAGCACACAUCCACUAAGCAGGAUGUGUGUGCAGAUAUAGAAACUACAAUAUUAUCUGAUUCUGAGUCUGAGACUGAAAUAGAUGGUCACAAAAUUAAAAUUUUAAAAGUUGAAGAAAAAGAUCUUGAAGUAUUCAAAGAGAAAACUGAUGAUAAAGGCAUGCUGAAACAAGAACAGCCUACUGGUGAAGAGAAAAAUAAAGACAUCAAUGUGACGCAGUCAACAGCAACUGUGGUUCAAUCAGAAAGUCAACAAACUGAAAGCAAUAAUGACAUCAAAAAUUCAAAUAUUCCAGUUGCAAUGGAGGUUGAUCCAAAAAACGAUAAGCCAAAUAGUGACAGUGUUAUUGUACAAGAAAAUGACAAAUCUAUCACAAGUGUAGAUGAUAAGGAAAGAUCAGUUAUUGAUGUGACAAAAUCUCAAACAGAUGCACUUUCUGUUAGUACAGAACAGAAGAGCCAAAUCAGUAAUAUUCAAGAGCCUGAAAAACCUACUUCAAAAUCACAGGUAGUAAUCCAACAUUCUUGUCAGAAGGUUCAAGAACAAUCCGUAAAGAAGACUGAACAAAGUUGUAAUGACAAAAUUGAACCCAGUCCAAGCAAAUCAGAAGAGAAGAAAGGUGAUUUAAUAAAAAAUGCUAAAAGUUUUGAUGAGUGUGAUAAAAAGUCUCCUGAAAAACAUGAGAAGAGGCAAGAUAAUAAAUCUGCAAGUCAAGAAAAUAAGAAAUCAGAGCAUAAAAAAGAUCAUAGCCCCCAAAAAAGUGGUCGACAUGAAGGUAAUAAAACUGAACCUAAGAUUUCUCCAAGCAAACAUGAAAAAUCUCGUACUCAUUAUGAACAAAAAUCUCUCACACAUUUCAAAUAUGAAAAAGAACUCCCGAAACCGGAUUAUGCGUCCUUGAAUCAAAUGACAAAUUAUCCUGGUUCUCACGCUCCACAAUAUCACUGGCAGGCUGCCUGGGACCAUCCGGCUAGGUUGCAAUGGGAACAGAACCGGUAUCUGGAUAUGAAAUCAGAUAAAAACCCUUAUUUUGAUCCAAAAUAUGCUUACAAUGUUCAGCAUUUAGAACCAAAUCAAAAGUCACCACAAAAGAUUCAUCACAAAUACAAUACAAAUGAAAUAGCUCAAAACUUUGCAUAUACCUCAUUAGCUGCCCCUAAUAUAUAUCAAAGCAAUGUUCCAGUUCCGCAGUAUCCGAAAGAAAAAAUUAACUACAAGACAGAAACAAAAUCUGAUAAAUCACGAAGUGAUCACAAGAAGCCAACAGAGCAAAAGGUAUCAGAAAUUAAACCAGAUACAAAUAAACAAGCUAACUCGAGGCAUUGCAAUAUUGAAGCAAAUACAUCAACCACUAAUAACAGUACAAGUUCAAGUUCUAAAUCUUCAUCUAAAAAUAAACAAUUGCUUCAACAAGAAGAGGCAAAUAAGAUCCACGAAGUGCCUAAACAAAACAUAAAUACUAAUACUCAAUGUUCUAACUUGACCCAACAGCAAAUGCAGCAGAAUACUUUAACUGGUCAAAAUUUACCAAACCAAAUGCAAAACUUGACACACACUUCGAUUCAAAAUCAUGCUAAUAACCAGAAAAAUGUUGUUGAAUUAACAGAUGUUGCUAGGAGCGGUAAUACAACACCAAGGUUAGAUAAUAGCGUGGAGAGUCUUCAACCUCACACACCUAGCAAUUCUAUAAAGCAAACGCCUCCUACACCUUCAGAUAUACCGUCAAUGGGUGUUUACACUCCAGAUUCUACUACCAAUUCAGUGCACAGUCUUCACUAUGGUGGGCCUUGCGAUUUAGAUGUUCAAUUAGGAUUGGAAUCACCAACUAGCAUCUCCAGUGAUAUGGCAUCUCAAAAUUCUGUUGAACCGGUUAGGCCUCCAUCAGUAGUACCUCAUAAUACAAAUCAGACACAGUACAGUGAUUGCUCAAUGCAGAGUUCACAAAGCGUUCAUAAUCAAAUGCAAAUUCAGCACAGUCAAGUUAAUAUUCCAACUUCCAGUCCUCAACAUAAUUUGAAUAGUACUAUUCAUAUUCCACCGAUAUCACAAACUCACAUUCAACAAGGAAGUAAUUCAAAUAGAAAACAGGUGCAGCAUCAAAGUAGAAAUACUAACAGGUCAACAACACCUAAAAUAAGAUCGACAGCGCCGAGUAUACAACACUCUAGUAUCCAACAAUCGAGGCAUAGGGAUACGCCGCCAAUCCAAACAACGCCUCAACAGCAGAGUGCGGUAAGUCAGCAACAGCAACAACAACAGCAUACACAUGUUGGUUCGCAUCAGCAUCAUCAGUUGCAAGCACAUUUGCAACACGCUGCAAUGGCUGCACACACCCAUCAGACUUAUGGACAUUUAGGUACAGCGUCUAUGCACCAUGCAACAUCUAUCCACCCGCACGCUGUGAUCUCACAAGGUAAUUACAUAUCCAUGCCGCAAAUGGCGGUCAGUUCACAAGGUUUUCAAGGCCAAGGAGCUAGUACAUAUGUUUCGGUACCGAUGAGUUCUGUGAUACAACAUAGGAUGUCAAAUCAAGGUAGUAUUCCCACAGCUCAGCAUCCUCUGCCGAGUCCACAUCAAAGGCAUGGAUCAUCGCCUUCAUGUGCAGUUUCCACUGCUACAAAUUUUUAUAUUCAAUCAGGCACGCAUCCACAUUCACAUACACCAGGACCGUCUGCACCGCAGACACCGACCCCGACAGCGACUCCUACUCCCCAAGGCAAUCCUGUAGAGCAAACUGGAGCUAAUACUAGUUUCAGUUUAGCUAAACUUCAACAGCUUGCAAACGGAUUAGAAAUGAACCAGACCAGUCCUUGUAAUACGAUGACGCCGCCACCUGUACCCAUGAAUUUAACACCGCCCCCGAAUCACCAUCCACAUGGAGCAAUGACUCCUCCUCCAGGACAAGUGUUAGCUAAUCAGCCGUCACGAAACUUACCAACACCUCCGAAUAUACAGUCACAAGUUGGGCUUUCGGGGUACCAUCAUAAAUACUACAGCAGCAAUAUGAACAUGAAUCAACUCGGGGGAACAGUAACGCCUCCAAUGCAGCAGAAUUCAGGAAGAAAUUCACGAAACUUGCCUGCUAACGUAGCUGUACAACAUAUGCAAGCAUCUUCAAGUAGAAUGAGCCCUAAUGUUCCAAUUAAUCCUAAUCUAAUGACGCCCUAUGGAGGCUUAAAUGGGUACAGAAUGGCUACGCAACAAUCCAGCGGUGGAGUUGCUGGAUAUAUUGCUGCCAACACAGCUGCCGGGUUUAUUAACAAUCCUGGACAGCUCCAAAUGGGAGUUAUGAAUAUGGCUCAGGGGCAAUAUCAGGAUCCUUCAGCAAUACAAAGGGCUGCUCAGCAAAAUCCAAUGAACCCUAUUUAUCCCACAUAUAGUUAUAUCAAUGGAAUAGGUCCAAUGACUUCUUUAAAUGGAACAAUGAGACGAUAAUUAAAAUAAAGUGAUGAGUAAGAUCUGUGUAAAUAUAGUUUAUAGAUAGACGCUAUUAUAAAUAUAGAAAUAAAAAACUACUUAAUGGAAGUAAUGGUAUGAUGAACU